UUGACAGUUGGCAAUUGGUAUCUGGCAACCCUAGUAGGUUAAGUGCGGACUGCAAAGAAGGGUACAGCUGAAGCCUGAUCGCUCAGUGUGAGCUGUGACUUUCUCUGUAACACAAAGACUGAGGAUUAGAGGAAGACGACAGGAUGGGCUGCCGUCUGCUGAGUUGCGUAGUGCUCGUGGUGUUAGGGUAUCUUGCUGUCAUGCCUGUGGUAGGUCAACAGCUAGAUAAUGGAAACCUUCCCCUUGAUGAAGUGGCUAAGACUCAUGUCUCUACGUGGUUAGAGCGCUGCAAUGCAACUGCUGGCGAUGAAGCUGUGGAAGACAUAAAGAACUCUGUUGGAGAAUUAAUGGAAUGUGUACAGAAACACAUAAAUUUUAACAAACUGGAGGAGGAGGUGAAAGUAAGCAUUGUAAAAGGAGAACUGGAUGUGGUCUUCAAGAAGUACUGCAAGAGAAGAAGUAGGCUCAUGGCUUGUGCUGAGGAUGUGUUUACAAAAGUAGAGCGCUGCGCCGAUGAGAAACAGAAGCAGGACCUCAACAUCACGCGCAGGGUUAUUGAUGCUGGGAUAGACUUUGUGUGCCACAAUGAUGGUGAUAGAAUUGCACUUUUUAUGGCUGAAAAAGGAGAGGAAUGUCUUAAGAACCACUCAAAGAAUAUUGAGGAAUGCAUAGAAGAUAAAAUUCCAAGAAUUAAAGAGUACAAGAAUGAUCAUGAUGGAAUAGAUAUUACAACAUUUACUAUUAAUGAAGAGAAUUGCAAGAACUUGUAUGGAAUACAGGAUUGUGUGGUGAAACAUACAUCAAAGUGUGAUGAUGAAACCCCAGCCAAUAUUUUAGGAUCUCUCAUCUCACAGAUGCUCAAGGUGACGCCAUGCUCUCAGACAAACAGUGCUUCAACCCUCUUAUCUCACACUCAGCAUCUUCUUCCUCAUUUACUCACUCUGCUGGCUGCUGCUCUCACUGCAGCCAACAUACUUCUAUAGACUAGUAAUUUAUAUAUAUAUAUAUAUAUAUGAAUUACAUUUGAUUAUCUCUUUUGAUUUGAACCAAAACAAAAUCAAGUUUCAGUAUUAUAUAAAAUAUACGUCUUAAAAUUUACAGAAGGUAAAAGGCAUCUUAUGUAGUACUAGCAUAAAAAAUAAAUGCUAGAAUUGGAUGUUUAUAAUUUGGUCAAUCGUUGCUGAAUUAUCAGUAAGAAGUGUAUUGUACAAUAUUUAUUGAAUCUGACAGUGUUAGGGUAAGUUAUGUUUAUUAGAAAUUUUAAUAGGUGUAUAAUUUUGUUUUCAUGGCUCAUUUUCAUGUGUUUGAAGCAAAAUGUUUCCUCCCCUUGAUGCUUUUCUUUCAUGGAGAAGGAUGUACAUUAAGGAGGAGAUUAUCCACAACUCCAAAAAUGAGAGAAAAUCAUUUAUCCAUCCAACCCCAUUAGGGAAAAAAGUCUUUUGAGUGAAAUGAUGUUGAUGUAUAAAGUGUAGAAUGAUAUAAUCAUUAUAUGCCUUAGAGAAAAAUAAUAAUUUCAGUCUUAACAAUUUAUUUUCAAAACUAGGUAAUUCAUUUCUUUACUUGAUAAUAUUCAAUAGAUUUUGUAAUCUAUGCAUGUCACAUUAUUUAUUUUAUUUACUUAUUAUUAUUUUUUCCAUCAAAAUGUAAUAUGGUGUGUUGGAUGUAUGUGUAUGUUCAUUCCAGCAAGGUGUUAACACCUUUAAACUCAGGUUCUCUCUCUCUCUCUCUCUCUCUCUCUCUCUCUCUCUCUCUCUCUCUCUCUCUCUCUCUCUCUCUCUCUCUCUCUCUCUCUCUCUCUCUCUCUCUCUCUCUCUCUCUCUCUUUCCUCGUAUGUUUUUCUAUGUGUUUCAGUAUUAAGAUGCUGUGAUGACGCUCUAAUCCACUUUUAUCAGUUCUACUGCAGUUCUGCUUUGUGAAAAUUUAUUUGGUUUCACUUAAAUUCAUUUGUUAAAAGAAAGAUUAAUACAAGUUCACGAAAUCAUAUACUUUUUAGUUAUAGUUCUACUGACAUAUAUGGUAGGCAUAAUAAUUAAAUAUGAUUUUGUAAUGCCUAUUUUUGUUCAGUUCAUUUGGUUAGAUUUCAAACAUAAAAUGGUAGGUUACAAAUUAUGACAAACAUUUUAGUCUAUAAAAGUAAUUUUUGUUGAAUGGAACAAGGAAACAACAAUAUGCCAGCAUGUAAUGCUAACUGGUUUAUAGAAAGAAAUUGAGAAAUUGCAGAUUUACUCAUGAAAAGUAAAUUAAUAACUUACAAAAUAUGGCCGUUCACUUUCCAUGUACCAGAAGCAUGUAAAAGCUGUCAACAGAUGCUUUGAAAUUAUCAGUAUUUCAUAGUGGUGUACGUACAAAGAAAUCAGAUGCAUGCAUGAGCCCCUGAGUACUAAAGUAGUACUAAAUGUAGUAAUAACAUUUAUGUUUCAGAUUGAAUAGGUAUGGCACUACAAGUUGCAUGUGUUAGUGACCACUACUUAUGAUUUCCUCUAAUCAUCAAGAAUUAUUCUUACUAGUUGUCUCAUAUUGCACUAUUUUUAUCUGAGAUUUUUCCAGAUGUAGAAUAGACUUUUCAACUAGCGCUCUCUCAAAGGGAUAGCACAUAGUAUCUCGAGAGGACUCUGUGCAUCCUUACAGUGUCUCCCAAAUUUUACACUCAUAUCGUUUUGAAAACUUAACACUGAAGUCAUGAAUCACUAGACUUGAGAUCAUGAAAACACAGAAAAACUUUUAUUUGUUUUUGUCCCCUUGGAGAAGUAGACUCUCUCUCUCUCUCUCUCUCUCUCUCUCUCUCUCUCUCUCUCUCUCUCUCUCUCUCUCUCUCUCUCUCUCUCUCUCUCUCUCUCUCUCUCUCUCUCUCUCUCUCUCUCUCUCUCUCUCUCUCUCUCUCUCUCUCUCUCUCUCUCUCUCUCUCUCUACUUCAUUUCUGUCUUGCAGAACACCCUAGAGUUGUUUGAUGCAUUACACAGUAGAAGAAGAAUUCCCUUUAAAAAGAAAAUCAAUGUUAUUGAAUUAAUAUGGGAAGAAAUGAAUUUGGCACUAGAUUUUUUUAAUGUUCAAAUCAGCCUGCAUCUAAUGCACCAAUAUUAGUGAAUAAGAGGUUAGGCACAGAAUGAAGAUCUGGUGAUGCAUGAGUGAGGACAUCUGGGGUGAUAUGUGAUGACCAGUAGUCCAUUGACCACAACUGCUAUUGAUGAUAAUCCCAGAAAUGCAUGAUACUGAAAAUAUGAAGCUGGCACAAUGAUAAUGCUGAAAGAGAAGUUUGAUACAAAUUGCAGAACUGCUGAUACAGGAACUGCUCAUGCAGUCUCCACCAUUUCUGAUGGUUAACCUAGUCAAUAACGUGUGUGCUCAUGAAGAAAAGGCACUGUGAAAAUUUGCACUAAAUUGCUGCCUGCCAACCAGGCCAGAUUAUGUCAUUUGAUCUGAUCUCCGUUGUUUUUUUAAAGAUGCUCACUCCAUCAUUUUUACAGCAUACCAGUACUAAAUUAUUUUCAUAGCAAAUACUAGAUCACAAUUCCUAAGAAUCUAUUAUUAAUUUAAAAAUACUUAAUUCAAUGAGAUUUGUUGAAAAGUUCCCACCUUCUUACAGAAAGCAAAGGUUAUAUAUAUAUAUAUAUAUAUAUAUAUAUAUAUAUAUAUAUAUAUAUAUAUAUAUAUAUAUAUAUAUAUAUAUAUAUAUAUAUAUAUAUAACACACACACACACAUAGGAAUCAAUGUAAAAUAGAUUAAUCAGUUCCUGGAAACCUGCCCACCCUGCCUUAGCAGCUUAUGACAGGCAUCCACUGCCAAGAUGGCUACUUCACACCAUCAUCUGCUCAGAAGUUGUUUAUCCAGAAAGGAUGCAAUGGAUAAACUUAGUGACAAGGAAGUCAUCAGAAAAUAUUGUUUAGAUUGUGCAGAUAUUGUUUUUGUCAUUGAUCUAGUGAGGGAAGCCUUAAAGAGUGACACAAAAUAGUAACUCAAAAUGAAGGUAAUUAUAACACUUAGAAAUCUUGCUACUGGGAAAAGCUACUGGGAAAAUGCAUUUGUGCAUUAGUGAUGGUAUAGUGGGUCAUCAAGAGAGCCACAGGUAGCGGAGUACUUCUGAGCAAGCCGAAAAUGUUUGUUUACAUUGAGGCUCUUCAACGAGAUCAUAUUUACCCUAUUUCAAAGAUUGAAUUAUUGUCUUACCCACUGUCUCUCUCCUCCAAAUACAUGAAAACAAAGGAAAUAUCUAUAGAAACUACAAAUUGGUAAUAAACAGCAGCUUUUGCUGUGUCUUUUAGUAUAUGAAGUCAAGUAACUUUGAGAACCAAAUUAUCGUACAGCAACUGAAGCAAUUACGAGUUUAAAUUUUACUUGAAAACUGAUUUGUUUGAAAAGGGAGGUGUUCAGUAAUUGCUGUUCCACUGUAAAAAAUUUUUGUCCAUAUCAUAAUUGACAAAAAAAAAAAAAAAAAAAAGUAUAUGAACCACACUCAAAUAGCUGUGCUGUAAACAAACCACGUGUUUGAAUAAUUGUUCUAACUGUGGAACAUAGUGUUAGUUACUGUUUAAUAUCCUUACUGCAAAUAUUCUACAAGGUUCAAACACAUGGUGGAAAAGCAACAAACCUAAGCUAAAUAUCUUAGCUAAGAAAAUAUUCUUGGCUUUUUUAUAUAAAACUUAUUAAAUAAAAUGUCAUUUCACAGGGCAUCCUGCAAUAAAAUGGACUAGCAUAAUUUUUCCUCACUUUUCUAACCUGCAUGGGAAAGAUAAACAAUAAAUUCAUGAUGAAUCUGUAUUUUUCCUUAUUUUUGUUAAUUUAUUAUUAUUUAUUUAUUUUUAUUAUUCCCUCCCCUCAAAACCUGUUUUUAAAGUAGGGACGUCUUAUGCUGAGGUACUUUUUAACUGUCAGCAAAUACAGUAAUAUCAUGACAUUUUUUGUGUUAAUGCUUUCUUGCCUCUUUGAUUCAUUUCCUUCAAGGAGUAGGAUCCACCAGCAUGAAGACACUGUCAAAUCCUGAGAUAUUUUGUCAUGAUCAAACAGAUGAUUAUGUUGUUCAGCACAUGGCAGUGUGUCUUUUCACUUUUGACAGUUACUGAAGAACUGUGUGAUCAAGGGUUGCUGUCAUCUUUUCAUUACAUCAGAUGUAGCUAAUUUUCAUUGAAUGAAGCUCUUAGAAACUGCAUUCAUGCAGGAUCAAAUUUGCAAAUGGCUUUGUUCAACUUUUGUUAUUGCAAAUAUUUUGAAUACGUGGUGAAUGAUUGGCUUAUAUUUUGCAUCUUGCCCUUGUUUGUCCGGCACCCGUAAAGAAAACUGGUAGAAAAUUUUCUUUAUUUGCUGUAGUAUUGUAUGGUGACAUCACUGAGAUGAAUGAAAAUGGUAAGAAAGGAAGAUACAGAAGGAGGUGGAAUGGAAUCAUGUGGCAAGAAUGGCAAACAUGGUGAGAAGUAGGCACUCAAGCUGUUUAGUCUUCUGGUAUGUGAAGGGAUUGGCACCUUGUAGCAGACCAAAUGGGUUAAAUCUCCUCAGUUGCUGGAUUGAGGCUGUCCACUUAGCCAGAACAAACUUUUUAUUUACCUAGUUGUGCUUUAUGUGAAAAGAGCUAUGUUUGUGCUGUCCCAUCUCCAUAUCUUUUAAUAUCCAACUUAGCCUUAAAUCCAUGUAUAUUUUCUUGCAUUUACUAUCACCUUAUCCAGACUAUUCCAUACAUUUAUACUUCUAUAUUGGAAAUUAUACUUUUUGAUGUCUCUUCUAUAAGCACUCUUCUUCAGCCUCUCCAUGUCCUCCAGUGUCUCAUGUAUCCCAAACUAUUAAAUCAUUCUGGUCCACCUCCUCCACUCUAUCAUACACUUUAUAUAUUGCAAUCAAGUCUUCCCUUUAUCUCCUUUUUUGCAAUGUAGGUAGUGUAACCUUGCCAAUCUCUCUUCAUGUGACAAGUACCUGAUACUUGGUACCAUCUCUGUUGCUGCUCUCUGAACUAUCUCCAACUUCUUAUAUCUUUCUUGUAGGGCACCCACACUACAGCUGAAUAUUCCAGUCUAGGUCUAAUCAGUGAUAUAAUCAUCUUCCUGAUCACUUCUUUAUCCAUAUAUGCAAAGGUUAGCCUUAUUCUUUUCAAUGUUUCAGGUUUCUCCUGUAAUUUUGCUAAUGUGUCUCUCCAGUGUCAAAUUUCCAUUCACUGUAACACCCAGAUCCUUUUCUUCUUCUAUACUCAUUUUCUCACCAUUCAACACAUAAUUUCCUUUUUCUCUCCUCUGACUCUUUCCAAAUUCAUUACUUUACAUUUCUUUAGAUUAAAUUUCAUUUCCCAACUAUGACUCCACUCCCGAUAUCUUGUUCGUAUCCUCUUGUAACACUACAAUCUUCCUCACUCGCAACUUUUUUCAGUAAUUUGGCAUCACCCACAAAAAAGCCCAUGCAGCUAUUCACACUGUUAUAAAAUUUAUAUAGACUGUAAACAUGAUUGGUGCCAAUACUGAGCCUUGGGGUAUUCCACUUUUGACUUUCCUUCACGAUGACUCCCGAUCUUCUACCACUGUUCUCAUCUCUAUCAAUCAAGAAAUUUUCCAUCCAUCUCAGCAUGCCACCCCUCAGAUGUCAUGCUCCAACUUCCACAGCACUCUCCUGUGCUGAGGCUUUCUUCAGGUCUAAAUACAUAUAUACAGUCUGCCCAUCCAUUUCCUUCUUGUGUUAUAUCCACUACUCAUGAAUAAAAACUCAGCAAGUUUGUAACACACGACCUCCCUCUUCUAAAUCAAAAUUGUUGUUUUGUCAUCACUUCAUUUUCUUCUAUGGACUGUGUGUCUGUAUGUGUGUGAUGAUAAAGGUGAAUAGAACUGUUGGUAAGAAUACCAUUUAAUGUAAUGUGAUUCUGGCAGUGUUCUAUUAUCAUGAUGCCAAUUUAGCAUGUUAUGUAUUAUUUCAGGUAGCCAUGAGCACAGUCCAUCUGAAUGGAUGCCACUUUGUUAAUUUUUUUCAAUUUUGUUAUUAUAUUUUUUUCAGAUAAAUCAGUACUUACUUUAAAGUUCCUAGAUGGUGUUAAGUUUUAUUUGGUAGAUAUUGAUAUGACAUGUUUCAUAUGAUGUUUAAAGCACCAGCCAUUCAACCACAUGCAAUGCUGUCUGGAGUUUUUUGGGGAUAUUAUAACAUUUACAUCAAGUUCUUACUUUAACAUAUAAUAAAUGGGCCUACUUUGUUUCGGCAUCAGUCAUGAUAUUAGUCAUCAAACUUGCCAUCCCUGUCAUCAUCACAUUUAUUCCAGUGGGAAAAGAGUGAGUGCCUUCACCAUUUUCUUUGUGUAGUCAAUGGCUGUGGUAGUCUUCAGUAACCACAUUGUAAUAGGCCACCAUAGUGUAUUACGAUAAAUAAUUAUGAAAACGAUAACAGGUUAUCAGUUAUCCAAUAAUUAUUUUACCUGCUUUAUGAAUUCAUUGGUAUUUCCAAUACUUUUGGUUCCAAACUGGCAAUAAUCAAUAAUUUUAGUUUUUGGAACAUGAGCAUUGUUGAAGUUUUAAACUUUUAAACUCAAAUGUAGUUAUUUUACUUAAAAACUACUUUUCAUUAGUGAAGAGAUGGGAUAAACAUUGAAUUAAAAGUUUUUUUAUAAGGUUUUUCUAACUUUUCUAAGAUCAAGAUAAAAAUAAAUUUGGAUUUAUCAGGUUUUAGUAAAAAUAUCAAUAUUGUUUUAGCUAGUAUUGGAAUUUUGGAUUUAUCAAUUUAUCAGUUGAUGUGCAAUAAAUUUAUUGCAAGUUAUUGAAUAUCAGUUAUUGCCAAUAAGGUUAUCAUUAUCAAUUUAGCAGUUAUCUUGAUUUUUUUUUUUUAUCAUUCCCAGCUGUGCUUGUAAUUAUAUAUUGGGAACCUUUGAAAGUGAUGAUUUUAGGAUUAUUUGCAGUGUUGUUUAGUCUCAUUAAGGAGAUUACUCUUAUCACACAUCAUGAAUUCAGGUCCAGUAAUUUUGCCACCUAAGGACACAAAUAUUGUAAUAUUUAUUGGGAGAUAUUCUUGCCCCUGACUGGUUUACAUAUUCUCCCAUCUUUUAAAACCUGUGACAAAUUGCUGUUUCUCUUGCCCAUAUUUUCUUUAUUUGGAAGCAACCAAACUUAUUUGUAUGUGUAUUAUCUUGUAAGCUACCAAACUUAUUUAUAUCUGUAUUAUCUGUACAGAUUUUCACAGGAAAAGGAAUUUGCUUCACAUUUCAAAACAAGAUAACAAUGUGUUGGUCAAUCAUUUAAUGAUAAGUAGUAUCAAUUCAGAUAAUUCUGUGAUGAUGAAUUUAGUUUGAUGAAUGUUUAUUGCAAGUUUACCAGGGCUAGUAGAGGCAAUCUACUUUGCAAGAGGUUGGUAGGUCUGCCUGCAAUCUCAAGAUUUCUUCUUUGAAAUUUUAAAAAAUUGACUUUUCUUGAGGAAGACAGUUAUACAAUUAACAUAUGAAGAAGCAUUUCCACAACUGCCAUAAGGUUUAGCAUGCAGGUGGCAUUGGAGUGAGUUACUAUAAGUGAUGCCAGCAACCUUAAGAGAAUACAAAUACCAUCUUGCCAAGCAAUAGGUAUGGACUUUAUCACUGAGCAAACAAGCAGUGUGAGUGAUUGUGAAUGUAUGUACAUAUAAAAAUGCCUUGUCUCCACUAUAACCUUUAAUAGGGAAGUCAGCCUGAAAUAACAAUAUAGAUAGAUUAUUAGAGGAAAUGUUAAUUCCAAAAAGAAAGUGGAGUAGAUUCUGGAAGUAUGAGAUAUGUAUUAAUCCUCAGCAAGGUAGAAUAAACUAUUAGUGUGUGUAUGUGAGAGGGAGAAUUAAAAACUGAAAUAUGCAAGAUAAGGAACUUAGAUGCAAUUGGAGAGUGAUAACAGUUCAGAAAACUAAUGUCAUGAGAUAUAACUAUGUGAAAAAACAUGUAUGCCUUUGUACUAGAAAACUACCAGUUAAAAGGGCUGCACUAAUGAAGCAAAUGAAAGGUGCAUUCUACUGAGUUUAUUGAUUUUGAAAGACAGAUUUCUUCCUAAAAUAAGUUACCUUUAAGGGCACGAUAGCUGCUUGGUGGUUACAAAUAAUGUGGUGCACUCUUGAAGUGAAAGUGAUGGUUUUCCACUAUAUUCAGAAGAUUAGAUACUUGUUCAUUCAUUCACAGCAUGCAACUGGAGCCUGAUUUAUUUUUGUAACCUCACCACUGAUUGAACAGUGGCUCAUUUUGCCUAUCUUCUGCUUAGUAUAGAAACUAACAUCACACUGUACAUAUUUACACAAUACUGUACUCAAUUGGCUUCUGGAUCAUUGGACAAUGAAUGAUAGGAAAUUAUGAACUGUUAAAGUUAAAAUUGACAAAGAAUGAUCAGUAUAAUGUGGUCUCUCUCUCUCUCUCUCUCUCUCUCUCUCUCUCUCUCUCUCUCUCUCUCUCUCUCUCUCUCUCUCUCUCUCUCUCUCUCUCUCUCUCUCUCUCUCUCUCUCUCUCUCUCUCUCUCUCUCUCUCUCUCUCUCUCUCUCUCUCUCUCUCUCUCUAGAAAUAUGAUAUUCCUGAAUACAAUGGUGUUAUUAAAUUUUAAACAAGACAGAAAGGAAGGAUGGGAAGCAAUAUUUCACCUCAAGCUGUAAGCACAAGGCAACAAUAACUCAACCUUUCAUACCAAGCUGUAAGCAUAAGGCAACAAAGACUCAGCCUUAUGCACAUUGCUUCUAUUGUCUUGCACCAAUAGCUUGAGAUAAAAAAGAAAAAAGUUGCAUAUUAUCUUUCUGCUUUGUUGAAAAUUGGAUACUAAUGCCAAUAUGUUUAGAUUUUUUAAUCAUAUAUCACCAUUUAUAUUUACAGUAUGAUGAUUUCAUGCAAAAUGUAUGUACUAGUAUGUAUAAACAUUUUCAACUCCAUACAUGACUUAAGAUUGCAUUACUUUUUUUUUUUCUCUCUCUCUCAGUUUUAACUUAACAUAAUCAUAAUUUACUAAUACAUAUUAAUCUCUCUAGUGAUCAGGAAACCUUGUAAGUAUUGCACAAAAUAAGGGUUUGGUGUGUGGUUAUUAGAAAAUUAUACUGAGUUAGGGCAGGUCUAGUGUCAGGUUUGGUGUAUAAAUUUUUUGCAUGUCAGAGCUGUAUGAAUAUGAAUCAUCAUGUUCCUUCCCUCCUUCCAUGAAUCUCAUAGUAUGGUGCUUCAAGACCCUUUUGUCACUAAUAAAAUUAAACUAUUAUACUCCUUUUA